UUCAAGACACUUCUCAGCAUGCCAGGUGCUAGGUGUUCUUAAAAGCUAUUCUAACACCAGAAAGAUCUCUUUAAUAAAUGAUACACGCCAUUGUUUUUGAAUCAUAGAAAUAUACCUACUAUAGGGUCACUAUGAGUCAGAAUUGACUUGACGGCAACAGGGAAUAAAGUGUCAUUAACUCAAUUCCCACCUAUCUGGACCCCAGGAAUGCCUGCUGACACUCCAGUGCAAACUGACAUUAGGUGAAGUACAAUAGAGUAGAAGUCAGAAUGGGAAGCGAAUGUGCUCUAAAUCAAUUAUGGUUGGGGAUACCUGGUGGCACAGUAGUUAAGCGCUCAGAUGCUAACUGUAAGGUUGCUAGUUCAAACACACCAGUCACCCCACAGGAGAAAUACAUGGCAGGCUGCUUCCAUAAAAAUUAUAGCUUUCUAAACCCUAUAGGGCAAUUCCAGUUAGUCCUAUGGUGUCACUAUGAGUCAGACUCGGCUUGAGGGCAAUGGGUUUUACCAUAUAACUUUCACUAAACUUGCAUUACCUCAGCAUUUCUCUAUUUAAAAAAAAAAAAAAAAAACUAUUGUUAUCGAGUUGAUUCUGACUCAUAGCAAUCCUAUAGACAGAGUAAAACUGCCCCACAGCGUUUCCAAGGAGUGCCUGGUAGAUUUGAACUGCCCACCUUUUGGUUAACAGAACUCUUAUCUGCUAUAGCACCAGGGUUUCCUUCCUAAGACUAAAAAUCUCACAUAAAUUCUCAGACAAAAAUGAAGCGAACUAAAGGAAAACUUUGAUGUUACUUUGUAGAUAAAAUUAAGUAUACUAUCUCUGUAUUACCAACUCUAUGGGUUCUUGAAGUUUAAAUAAACUUUAGAAUCUUCUACGUCCCCAGAUUGGGGAAUCCACAUAAAACACAUUAUUCAUUGACACAACAUAGAUUAAUUUCUGUUGAAUUUCUUUAGAAUUUAAUCUAUGUUUAUCAAUGAGUAAUGUGUUAUAUAUUACAUUUUUGGGGAUGUAGAAGAUUCUAAAGCUUACUUUAACCUCAAAGUCAGAUGAAAAGUCCUGGUGGCAGAGUGGUUAACUGGUUAAGUGACAGAAAGGUCAGCAGUUGCUAGCAGAAAGAUCAGCCACCCUGUGGGAGAAAAUGGGCAAUCUGCUUUCAUAAAGAUUACAGCCUUGACAAACCUAUGGAGAGGUUCUACUUCAUCCUGUAGGGUCGCUAAGAGUUGGAAUCAACUCAAUGACACACAACAACAACAAUAUGAAGAAAAAGGACAGUGGUUGUUCAGUGAUAGUCUGUGUGGGUAACCCAGUUAGAUUUCUGGCCAAUGUAACUUAUGCAUUGCCAGCACUGGUCUGUCAGUGGUAAAUUCCUUGCAAUGUUGCUGAACAGGUUUCAGAGGGGUUCCAGACUAAGACAGACUACGAAAAAAUACCUAGGGAUCAUCCUCUGAAAACCAGCUAGUAAAAAUCCUAUGGAUUACAAGGGUUCAAUCCCAAACAGAUCAUGCCAAUGGUGCAGGACUAAGCAUCUUUUUAUUUCUUUGCACUUGGGGUCACUGUGAAUUCAGCACUAACUCAAAGACGUAUAACAACAAAAAAUGCGAAUUGUUUUUCCAUUGUUUCUUCAAAUGUUAUAAUUUGUUUAGAAAAUACUACUGUUUCUUCCCAGAGGAGUAACUGGACCAGAUGGGCCAAUAGAAUCUAACAGUGUUCACUGAAUUAAUUCUAAUAGGAGUCACAAGGCACCCUGAGCUGCAGCUCCCCCUUUUGGGGGUCUUUCUUAUUAUCUACAUGAUAACACUAGUGGGAAACCUGGGGAUAAUCAUCUUGACCAAGGUGGACUCCCACCUAUACACACCUAUGUAUUUUUUCAUCAGACACCUGGCCUUCAUUGAUCUUGGUAAUUCUACUGUCAUUUGCCCCAAGGUGCUGGAAAAUUUUGCUGUGGAUCAAAGUACCAUUUCCUAUUAUGUAUGUGCCACACAGAUGGCUUUCUUCAUUUUGUUCUUUGUCAGUGAACUUUUUAUGCUGUCAGCCAUGGCCUAUGACCGCUACGUGGCCAUCUGUAACCCUCUGCUCUAUAAUGUUAUCAUGUCCCCAAGACGUUGUCAUGUGCUCAUGGAUAUUCCAUACCUCUAUAGUACUUUUCAGUCUCUGAUGUUCACCAUUAAGAUUUUCAUAUUGACCUCCUGUGGCUCUAAUGUCAUCAGUCAUUUCUACUGUGAUGAUGUCCCCUUGAUACCUAUGCUCUGCACAAAUGCACAAGAGGUACAGUUGUUGGUCAUAAUGUUUUCAGCAUUUAAUUUGAUAUCCUCCCUCCUGGUUGUCCUGCUGUCCUACCUGCUGAUUCUGAUAGCCAUAUUUCGAAUGCAUUCUGCUGAGGGCAGGAAAAAAGCUUUCUCCACAUGUGGUUCUCAUCUGACAGUGGUGGUUGUGUUUUAUGGAACUCUAUUAUUUAUGUACAUGCAACCCAAAUCUGCUCACUCAUAUGAUACUGACACAGUGGCCUCUGUGUUUUACACUUUGGUCAUCCCCAUGCUUAACCCUUUGAUAUACAGCUUAAGAAACAAAGAGGUAAAAGAUGCAUUCCACAGAGUUUUUAAAAACUGAUGCCAGCUUUGUAUUUAAUAUUCGAUAUUCAACCUUGUUUUAGUAAACAAUGUCAAAGGUAAUAUCAUUUGACAAUAUUUCUUAUAGAUAUAAAUGCAUUCUCUUUGGUUCCAAAGCAAAGACGAAUUAUCCUAGACAGAUUUUUUUUUUAGAUUAUACUCAGACAAACCAAUCCUAUUUUAGAUCUCAAAUUAGAUGUCAC